CAGCCAUCGUCGUACCACGCCCUACCAACCAUCAUCCUUCAUCCGCCACCGUGGUCUCGCAUCCAUCUCAUCUUACAGACGGCAGCCAUACAUACGUAGCGAAGUACUGUACUUCCGAUUUCGUCAAGCACUGUCCUUGCCCACAAAAUUUUGGCAUUUGCUCACUCUGCCCACGAACGAACGUCCAUCGUUUCAACUCUCGCUCGCUCGCAUCGUCACUUGGGCUUCCUUCUACUCGUUCACCAGAGCUUUCGUCCCUCCCUCCGACCUCCUCCGCUGCUCAGAGCUAGGCAUAUCGUAGCCGGAUUCCUCGCCCCUCCGCGUCUCACUCAUCUCAUACCUCCACCUCGACCCACUGCCGAGGUACGAGCGCUUUCUCGCAGACUAUGACGAGCACUACCCUUCCAUCACAGCCAGCUGCUGCUUCGAAAGCUGCCGUAGAGUCUGCCAUCAAGGAGUCAGUCAACGAAGGAGCUUCGACAUCAUCCAACGCCGACGCUAGCGAAAUGGCCUCCUCUGACCAGGCAGGAGAUGAAUCCAUCCGCACCGUAUUCGAUGACAAGGAAGACUUCAACGUGAAGCAUCCUCUUUACAAUGUGUGGACUCUCUGGUUCGACAACCCUUCGCACAAGAAUGCUUCGGCCGCAAAGGGCUCGAAGGACUCGUGGGGAGAGGACCUGAACAAGGUGGUGACAUUUGAUUCGGUAGAAGAAUUUUGGGGACUAUACAACAAUAUCAUUCCACCCUCUGAGCUACCGCAAAAAGCUAAUUACUAUCUCUUCAAGGAGGGUAUUCAGCCUGCCUGGGAGGACCCAGCAAACGCAAAUGGAGGCAAGUGGAGCAUCCAAUUGCCCCGUGACAAGUCGCGGAAGGACAUCGACAAGCUGUGGCUAUACACGAUGCUCAGCGCCAUUGGCGAGACACUAGAGACCACCCCUACCUCGCCGAACUCAGAAGAUCUUUCAGAGCUCAUCACCGGUGUCAUCAUGUCGGCACGAUCCAACUUCUACCGUAUCGCAAUCUGGACAAGGAAGUCGGACGACCCGGCUUCGGUCCCCGGCGGAGAUGCUGCUGCAGUACAAGACGUCGUGAAGCGGUUGAUGGCCAUCGGGCAGAAGUUCAAGACCGAGAUCCUUGGCUUUGCCCCAGAGCAGAAGUUGGGAGGCCAGGGACUGAUGACGGAUGUGGAAUAUCAGAGUCACACAGAGAGUGAAAAGAAGAAGGGAAGGAAAAUCACCGUGUAGAUGGGGACAGUACGUUCGGGGCCUGCAGCCGAUGCUGCUCCAGGUCCCGCAAAAAGCUUUCGCCGGCAGUCUGCUCCUUGAGCCAGGCGUACCACUCAAUGGGGCCACCACGGUCAAGGAGACUCUCGCUGCCUUCGCGGGCUCCGGGCGCUCCGCACCCGCCCGGUCUUGGUUGGCUUGCUACGAACGAUCGCCGCAUUGCUCAGCACUGCUGUAAUCACUCUCUCAUCCAUGGACGGUUGCGUCAAUGUGGCUUCUCUCUGGCAUCUCUCAUAGAUCAUCUCCCAUUUCCUUCUAGCCUCGUGCCCCUGUCGCAGCUCCUUCCCGCUACUCAUCGCUGCAUGUAUCCCUCAUCCUGAUCUGUUGCGUCUAGUCACUGCCCCCGCCAGAUUUUCGUCUGUCUUGCUAUCCCUGUCCCGUCCUCUGCAGUCAAGUGCCUCGGUCAAAUUUACAUACUCACAGU